AUGACUCAUUCAGUGCAAGAUACGGUGGAGGCUCGAUCCUCCAUCGGCAAAGUUCAACUGACAUCAGUGAUGGAAGUCCGAUCGACACUUGCUGACGACAAGAGCGCAGACACAAGGGAAAAACGUGGCUUCGCUGGAGGUUACGGAGGCGGCUACGGCGGUGGCGGCGGCGGAGCUUAUGGUAACGGUGGCAGCUACUUGGUGGUGGGUGGUUAUGGUCAUGGUGGACAUGGUCCCACGGCCGCUGACAUCGCUAACCAGGCUGCCUCUCAAGCUACCGCGGCUUUCGCUAGUCUAGGAGGGGCAGCUCACUCUGCAGCUGCAGGAGCAGCAGCAGGUGCUGCAGCUGCUGCUGCCGCUGCCUCACAGACAGCUCAGGCUGCCGCAGCCAACAGACACGCACAAGCUGCACAGAUCACACAAGCAGCGCAGGGAGCUCAGGCGGCAGCCUUCCAAGAAGCAUCACUAGCUGGCAAGGCUCACAAGGCUGAGCAAGCAGCUAAGGUGGCCCAUUCCAUGGCACAAGCUCUGGUCAGUAACUUGGGUCAAGUCUCUGGAGAGACCAACGCUCUGGCAGGUCAGGCUACCAAUAGUCUGGCUGCUCAGGAAAGUGUCCUUAACUCACAGAACUCCAUGGCGUGGCAAGCCCAACAGGCUGCCAAUUCUCUGCGCACACAGCAGAAUGUUGUCAUCAACGACUUGCACUCCGCUGCAGGCGCCGCCUCUCAGGCUCAGAUCGCAGCAUCCAAGGCUCUCGCUAAGGCAAAAGGGGCUAACAAUGGAGGGUUUGGAGGUUACGGAGCAGGACAUGGAUUUGGAUAUGGAGGGGGAUACCACUAAAGUUAAAACAAGUGCCAAAUGUUCGUCUUGUACGGGUGAUGGUAACAACUAGCAUUACGGAAGCUUUGGAAGUUGGAGCAUAAAACUCCACCAAUAUUGUCAGCAGUACACUUUUUCUCCCUGACGGUA